AUGCCUAUGAGAACUCCUGAUUAUAAGAUGAGAACCAAGGCAGCCCACGACAAACUGAUUCGCCUUAAGGACUUCAAGGUUGGGGACAGUGUGCUCUUGUAUAACUCCAAGCUAAGGUUGUUUCCCGGGAAGCUGAGGUCAAAGUGGGCGGGACCAUUCAAGAUUCACGAAGUUCUACCCUAUGGAUCCCUCACUUUACUCAAUCAAGAGGGGAAGGAAUUCACAGAGCAGGUUUUAGGAAGGAAAUGGCCAACUCGAGGAACAACUCGAUCGAGCCAAGAGCAAGCUCGAUCGAGUGAGGCAACCCAGUCGAGUGGAGUGCUCCUGAUGGCCGUCUCCCUCUCCAGACCACGACCUUGCCUCCCAGUUCUUUGGGGGGCACUGAGGUCUUUUGGAGCAUUCUGGAGCAUAUGGGACAGAGGAGCAUGGAGGGACUUGGCACAUGGACGCAGCUCAACUGGAUACGCAAAGGAAGAAGGGAGAAGCCAUCUUGAAGACCAGCUCGACCGUCUACUCGACCAACCGGUCGAGUUCCUCAACUCGACCGGCCAAGCUUCAACUCGAUCGAGCUGA